AUGGCAGCCCAGUCGACUUUGAAGAAGCCUGCUGCCCAACAGAAAGCCGGUAUGAAGAGGCCUGCAGCUCAUGAGAAAGAGGAAAAGCCGCCAAAGACCCACAAGAAAAAUGGAAAGGACAAAGAAGAGGAGGAAGAAGAUGAUGAGAUUGUGGAACCGCUACCUCUCACCGAGGAGGCGCUGCAGAGCCACAACAAGUUCCUCUCUGAAAUGUCAAAACACAAGGACAUGAGCCAGACGCAAUUUGACAAGACAUUGGCCACCUUACCGAGUCGCACAGCUGAGAGGUUGUGGAAGGCCUUUGAGGCGUGCAGAAAAGAGACAGGGAGUGAUGGACAGUACAAAGAAGCAUCUAGCGGCUGUGGCCAGCAGAAAAAGAUUAAAGGAGUAGAAGAGAAGUGGAUUACCAAAGCUGAGGCCCUCCAGAAAUGGGGGGCAGAGGAACUGAAGGAUCGACUGCAGAAAGGCACCAUCAAAGCUCGCCGCAAUCCCUUGGUUGACCACAAGAAGAUGGCGGCGAUUGAAGCUGUGGCUGUAGACGAGGUGCACUCCAGCGACAUGGAGAUGGGACAUGGAGGAGAGAGCGAUGAGGAAGAUGAAGAUGGAUUGGAUCCUGAACUCAAAAAAAUGUUGAACAUCAAGGAUGCAAAGCAUGAGAAAGAGAGGAAGGCCCCGAAAGAAAAUGCGUGGGAAGCGGCUAGCAAAGUCGGAGACGAAGACGGUGCUGUGAGCAUCAAGUCGAAAGUGCUCAAGUUCAAAGCAGAACUCAGCAAGGACGCGGCCACUGUGGAGCUGAAAGCACACGAGCUGAAGAGCCAGAACCCUGCAGAGAAGACAAUGGUGAAAGAUUCGCUGAAAGCAGCCGAGCACGGCCAGAGGACGUGUGAGAAGUUGGACAAGAUGGCCAAAGGCAAAUGCGUCCGCAGCGAAGCUGCCAAGCUUCUCCAGGUAGCUUACAAAGCCUUGACUGACCUGAAAGCUGCCAAGCUCUUCAAAGCUCUGAAAGCGGAGUGA